UGCUCUGUCAUGUUCAGCCUACUCCCAGCACUGGAACUCCCGUUGACUCGGGCUGAUGUCCGGGAGACCCGAAGGUGCGUCCUUGUGUGGAAAGGACAGUUGGCUGCCCUGGUCCUCUAUGGAGAGAAAGGACUAUGUCUCGACAGUUUAGUGGAGAAGCUGAUGCCAGUGAUCAAUACGGCGAGCUGCUGCAAAGACGACGCCUCGCGAUCUAUCAUGGCGAUCUUCGUGGACACCUUCGAGGCGAUCCUGUCCUCCAGCGAGGCAUUCGCUCUUCAGGGACACGUCUUGUUGGGAGGAUGGAUCGACCGCUACCUCAUGGAGUGCUCCGGCAAUAACGUCGGAAGACUCGUCAGCGCUCUUUCGGGAAUCUUGAAGAAAUGCCGCCGCCUCCUGGACGGUGACUCUGACCCUGCCGAGCAGGCGCUCGCCCCCAUCUUCCUCGAGCCCGAGCAGAACGUCUCCGGCGUUUCCUUCGCGAAUGUUCCGGAUAAUGCGAGGCGGAUGCUGAACGCCCUCUGGACGCACGGGGCCAGCAGGGCACGCCAGAUGGCGUUGGACUCGCACGUCCUCGCCCGUUACUACGGUGAGGUCGCCGAACUGGCGGUUCUCUUCACCCUGGAGGCCCUCAGGGACCCGGCGAAUGCCAAGAAGCAUCGCCACUCGGCGGGGUCGCUCUUCCAGCACUUUUCCGGCCUGGUCGUCAUCGAGGAUGCGAGAAUGACGCGCGCCUACUUGAACCAGAUUCUGCAGGCAGAUGGCGCCAUGCAAGGUCUGGAGCAGGAGGUGAAGGAUGUUCCUGUAAUCGUUGUCCAGGUCGAUGUCAUAAACCAUCAUAUGCCUAGGCAGGGUUGGUUUNCUGACUGCACAGUUGCUAUCUUUGCGCUGUGUCCAAUAGAGCUGAUGGCCACACUAAAGCGACCUAUGGACAUCUUACGGCAAGUCGAGCAACGAAUCGGCACGAAUGCGGAGCGGGACCGGUCGAGCCGAUCGAGCUAUGGCAUGUUUCUGCGAUUCCUCGGUACCGUCCUCGAAGGGAGACCCGACGAAGCCGGGCGCAAAGUCUGGAACCAACUCAAAGGCAGAAUAUACUCCAAGUUCACGAAGGAGAGGGUGCAAGGUCUCUCCGAGACCGGGCUCUUCAACUUCAUCUCGCUCUUCCUGACUCUGGCGGUCGCCGUGGAUACUGUGAACGUGUGCUCUGUCAUGUUCAGCCUACUCCCAGCACUGGAACUCCCGUUGACUCGGGCUGAUGUCCGGGAGACCCGAAGGUGCGUCCUUGUGUGGAAAGGACAGUUGGCUGCCCUGGUCCUCUAUGGAGAGAAAGGACUAUGUCUCGACAGUUUAGUGGAGAAGCUGAUGCCAGUG